AACCAUGAUUGACAGCCACAUCACUGGGUUUACUUUAAAAACUGUGGAAAUUGUAACUACACGCGCGCGGCUACACAGGUCUAUCCAUGUGUAGUGUCACUCUGCUAUCCUAUACAUCCAGCCUACUCACUUAACUAAGAUGAAUACACACGCUGACAUUAAUGGCCUUGAGAUGCUCUCUAUUCCGCUCUUGUGUUAGCAACGUUGACGGUUAGCCUCACCGUGGCUUCGGUGGCGGAGGUCCUUCAAACUUUAACUUCUUCGCCAUGAGGUAUGUGUAUGCUUUCAUCCAUCGCUUUUUCUCUCGGACCUGUGACAACGACACGUUUCUGCAAACCCGCUGACAAUGAAUUCCUAAUGUUAGCACGCCACGAUUUAGUAUAUAUCCGGACGCCAUGUCGACUACUGAGAGCGGAGUGCAACGGCUUAAACUGUCCGACUCCAACACGGAACAUUAAACCAUAUCCGGCCGACCGGACCGUUCCUAUGUAACGGCCGAAGUAGCGUUGCUAUGGUAACAAACAAACGUUGACCAAAGUUAGCUAGCAGAGCGGACCUCCGAGUGAACUUUACGGGACUACACAUCUUACAAAUUGCGAGAAAACAUAUACAGAAUACAACUAUAUUAUUUAUAGUUCUCCUGCCAGUCAAUUUGACAAUGUCCACUCCUGAAGUCCGGGAAGAGAUGGAAUAUAAUGUGGUGACUCUAACGGAAUGUGAUGACGAAAUAACUUCCUGUAUCAAGGAUAAAGUGGAGGCCGUGAUGAAGGAUGGAGCUCAAGAAAAAAACAAAAAACUGCAGAACCCACUGGAAGAGAGAAAAGAAAAACAGUCGGGGCCACGAAUGACCAAGAAGUUCCUGAAAAACCUUUGUAAGCAGACAAACCUUUACGCAACACCUUGCCUGAAUAACACACUGUAUCUGCAUUUUAAAGGGCUAUCCACCAUUGAGAACCUAGAGGAGUACACAGGGCUGAAGUGUCUCUGGCUGGAAAGCAAUGGGCUUCAACGCAUUGAAAAUCUGGAUGCCCAGACUGAUCUGCGCUGCUUGUUCCUUCAGCAGAACCUCAUUUACAAGCUGGAAAAUCUUGAACCUCUGAAAAAGCUCUCCACCCUAAAUGUCUCCAACAACUACAUACACAUCAUUGAGAACAUCUCCUGCCUCCCUGACCUGAGCACUCUGCAGAUAGCCCAUAACAAGCUGGGGACUGUGGGAGAUGUAGAGCAUCUGAGUCAGUGUCUGGCCAUCAGUGUGCUAGACAUGACUCACAAUCUGUUAAAUGACCCAGAGAUCCUCCUGGUACUUGAAGCCAUGCCAGAACUGCGCGUGCUUAAUUUAAUGGGAAACGAGGUGGUGAAAAAAAUCCCAAACUACAGGAAGACCAUGAUUGUGCGUCUCAAGCAGCUCACCUUCCUGGACGAUCGCCCUGUGUUCCCCAAAGACAGGGCAUGUGCAGAGGCAUGGGCAGUGGGAGGGCUGGAAGGGGAGCGGAGGGAGAGGGAGCAAUGGGAGACUCGAGAGAGGAGGAAAAUUCAGGACAGCUUGGAAGCCAUAGCGAAGAUUCGGAAGACAGCGCAGGAGACGCAACGCCUUCGAGAGCUACAGGAGACAGGGGUGACUGAGGUUUCCACCACAACAGAGACUCUGUGUGAGGAAAAUGACAACCAGUUUCUGACUUCACCAAAAGGAGAGAUGAUCCAAGUCUUUGUGAAGGACUGCCUGGAUGCCCAUGAAGAGUUCUUGCACAGUCAAUCAACACAGGGGCCCAAUGACAAUCAGCCAAACCGUGACCAUCUAGAAGCAGAGCAGCCAGGUCAUGGUUUACAAAGGGAUCAGCUUGAGAAAGAUGACCAGGAGAAACCACAGGUAAAGGGGCCCUUGACAGAAGAGAAAGAGGUUGUGAAUCCAGAGCACUCGGAACAAGAACGUAUUGCAGGAAAGAUGCGACAGGCGGAAAAAGCAGACGAUGAUAAACAACAACAAAAUCAGUCACAAGGAAUCCAGCCAAUUAGAAAUGAAGCGGAGAGAGAGCAGGCAAACAUGAGUGAGCCCUUUGAAAAGAAACAGCCUCCUCUGCUCAGGGCAGGUCCUCCCAGACCGGAUAGGGUUGUACCAGCACACGGUCCCGGACCACUGGUUACAGAGCUGGAGGAUGCAGACCAGCUGGAAACCAUUCACCUUCCACUGCAUCGCUCCCUGCGUAUCGAUGACCUGCCUGAUCUGGAGGACGUGGACACGGACGACUUCACAGCAGUGUUCUCUUCUCAGCAAGUUUACAAACCUACAAUAGAGGUCAUAGGAGGAGGCAGUGACGAGGAUAAUGAAAUCGGGAUGCAGAGUGAGGGAAUUACAACUGUUGGUUCAGAUACAAAUUCAUUGUUUUUGAUGAGCGACUGCAACAAAUCAACUGCGGUCUGUAGCAAUUCUGCCUCAUUGGUGUAUCCAGAAGAUGGAGAUACCCUUGAGCCACACAUUUUUGAACCAGUGGGAAAGCUCAAACCAAACCACUCAUCUUCUCCACCACGCUGCCUGAUUGAGGAGCUUGAAUGAUGCUUUCAAGGUUUAGAGCAUUUUUGAGUGCAGAACUAGUCUCACAGGACACGUCUUCCAUUGAAACAUGUCCAAAUGCUGGAAUAAGCACAUUUAGCGUUAUUGUUUAGUGAAAUGCCAUUUAUUGUCUAUGCAAGUUUCUGUUAAAGAAUUUCAAAGCCAUUUUGUCUAUAUGGUUGUUAAUUGUAACACUGUGUGUGUAUAACAGAAUAAAUCUUGAAUGAUCUGU